CAAUGUGAGGAAAGUAUCCAAGAGCAGACGAUGCAUAAUCACUGACAUGCGAAGAGAAAAAUCGUUUAAAACAGAUAAGUGAAUAGUGUACUCAGAAUAUUAUAAUAAUACAGUUAUCAACUAUUGUUAUACAUUAUUUACCUGCUACUAUAAGUGCCUAUUGUCGAAAUAAUUAUUGUUUUAUGUGUGUAAAUGUGAUCAAUGAAAUGAAGAAACGGACUGAUCCCAUAUCACGUGACUCUAAAUAUCCCACUUUCAGAUCCGCCAUCUUGGCCCGUCGGACAGAUAACCACCCCCUUUCCUGUCUUCGCAUCUAGGUGUCUUUAGUACGAGUGCGUUUGGGUCGUCUCGAGGACCCGUGGAACAUCUCUCUGCAACUGAGUUUCGCAGAUUGACUCAAAAUGUCCGGCCAGAGUAUAAUGGACCGUGUGGCUGCAGCCAAACACAGCAUUGCCGGCCAGGGCUUGGCUAAAUCCGUCUGCAAAGCUACGACCGAGGAGAUCAUUGGCCCCAAGAAGAAGCAUCUGGACUAUUUGUUACAGUGCACCAAUGAGCCCAAUGUGUCCAUACCACAGCUAGCAGACUUGCUUAUAGAGAGAACACAGCACAGCAGCUGGGUGGUGGUCUUUAAAGCUCUCAUCACCACCCACAAUCUCAUGAACUAUGGCAAUGAGCGUUUUACUCAGUAUUUGGCUAGUAACAACUGUUCCUUCAACCUCAGUGGGUUUGUGGACAAGGGAGGGGUUCAAGGGUAUGAUAUGUCAACUUUUAUUCGUCGCUAUGCUAAAUACCUCAAUGAAAAGGCAGUGUCAUACAGGCAGAUGGCUUUUGACUUCUGCAAAGUGAAACGAGGGAAGGAUGAUGGUUUACUGAGGACUAUGAAUGCAGAGAAGCUAUUGAAGACCCUUCCAAUCCUGCAGCAGCAGCUGGAUUCCUUGUUGGAAUUUGAUUGCACACCCAAUGAGCUGACCAAUGGUGUUAUCAAUGCUUGCUUCCUCCUGCUGUUUAAGGACCUCAUUCGUCUCUUCGCCUGCUACAAUGAUGGCAUCAUUAAUUUGCUAGAGAAGUACUUUGACAUGAACAAAAAACAGUGCAGAGAGGGAUUGGAGCUCUACAAGAAAUUCUUAGUACGCAUGGAGAAGGUCUCUGAAUUUCUGAAAGUGGCAGAGAAUGUUGGCAUUGAUAAGGGAGAUAUUCCUGACUUGGCUAAGGGGGAGAGAAUCCAGGGUAUGAAAGACAAUUCCUCCGCAGCACCGGCUAGUCUACUUGAAGCACUGGAACAACACUUGGCAUCAUUAGAGGGCAAGAAAGGAACUGGAGCUGCCCCAACUUCUGCAGCUAAGCCUGCAGGAUUCUCGUCGGCAUUAAGCACCAUGUCGACCAACAGCACUGCUUUAGACAUCAGUGAGACAGAGAAGAAAAAGAUUCUUGAGGAAGAAAGCCAGCGUCUGCAACAACUGAAAGGACUGGACAUGGAACCUGCCUCCACAGAGGCUGACCUGCUUGAGGCCACAGAGCUUGAUGAGACUAACUUUGAACAAAGGAUAAAAGAGCUUUCAUCAAACCAGCCCAGUUCUGUCCAGCCUUCUAGUGCUUUUCACAGUGUCAGCAAUCCCUUUGCCACUCCUGCUGCAGCUACACCCACAGCAGCAGCAGCAGGAGCAUCAGCUACAGCCUCUCCAGCAAAACCAAGUGAUGACCUCCUGGGACUCAGCACCAAUCCCUUCACACAAAAUAUUCAGUCUGUCAUGGCAUCUGCCUAUACCGCUACACCAGCCUCCAGCAAUCCCUUUGGAGCUUCACCAUUUGAACAGACCAAUGGGUUUGCUGCUACAGGAACUGGAAAUUUUACAUCAGAUGCUGACUUCGCUCGUGCAUUCAGCUCUUCAACAACUGCAUCAGCUGGGUUGAAUUUUGGCACAGCCACUGUUUCCUCCAUUAGCAGCGCACCCCCAGCGCUGGACCUUGGCUCUCCACUGGACCCCUUGGAUCCGAACCUUCCUCCUACUGGCAGGGCUGGCCAGAGUGAGCUCCCAGGCCCUACCCCAUGCUUGAACCAAGACCUUUUAUUUGGGGCCACAGAUCAGGGAUCUCCUGUUCUGUCACGCCCUUCUCCCUCUCCCUCCCCCACACAUGCUAUGCCCAUCCCUGUAGCUUCAGGUGCAUCCUUGGCUGGGUCCUUUUCUUCUCGCCCAUUGGGUGGGUCCCUGUCAUCAAGCCCUGUGACCAGACCCUUCUCUACUAGUCCUGUGGGUGGCCCCCUUUCUUCAAGCCCUAUGGGUGCAGUGCUGUCAUCCAGCCCUCAGAUGGGUGGUUUUGAUGUGGGGCCAGUGGACGCAUUUGCUCCACAGGCAGUGGGAAUAGUAGGCCAGGGAUAUGGCACUGGCUUGUCUGGUCAGCAGACUUGUGGGGUGGGUCCUGGGGCACAAGGACUCGGUGCCAGCCCUCCUGCAGCAGGCCUGUCUGACCUGCAAAUACCAGGUAGUCCAGCCACUUCCCGCCUGUCUAGGAGCCCAUCCCCCACCAUGGCAGACACAGGGAGCUUUGGCCGAGGCAGUCCUAGCAUUGCCAUGAUGGGUGAACCUUCUGCCUCAGCUGCUACUGCCACAGGUUUUGAUGCUUUUGGUGAUGUCCUGCAGCCCACCAAGCAGGGUGGAAUGAUCCAGCCAACUGGAAGCAACAAAACAGCCACUGAAGCCAAGCUUCUGGCCACAGACCUGGAUACCUCCCUGGCCUCCCUAGCAUCAAACCUGAGUGUCAAGUCAUCAUCAAACCAGAUCAAGAAAACUGACCACCAGUGGCAGCCAAAGGGUGAGAGCAAACUGACUGGAGGUGCUUCCUUCCAGCAACGGCCCAUGAUUGCUAGCACAACUACCUGGACCACCCCACAAUAUCAGCCGCCAAUGAUGGGGAUGACUGGUGUGGGCUUUAGCCAGCCUCAGAUGAUGCCCAUAGCGGCCCAGCCUAUGAUGGGAGUGGGACAACCAAUGCCGGUGGCCCCUGGCAUGGGAAUGAUGCCUAGCAUGGGAAUGCCACAGCCUUUGAUGUAUGGAGGAGCUCGCAUGCCUGUUACUGGCAGCUUCCCACAGACACAACCUCGGCCACAGAACCCCCCACAGAAUGACCCAUUUGGAGCAUUGUGAGCUGGUUGGCAUGGCUACAUGGUCUUGCAGGCAGAAGUUCAGGGGUAGGGGGAGGCAUUUUAGCUGAGCUGGGAUCAAGACUUUUUGAACUGAGAUGAAAAGACUUAACCUGUUUUAGUAUGCUGUGCAUCAGAAACGCUGAGGAUACAGUGGUGCACUUUCUCUGUCUGUGGGCAGUGUUGUGUAAAGUUUGCAGCGCAGGCUUUGCACUGGAACAUCAGGACACCCAUCCCAUCCAGCAGUCUUGCAUGUGACAGGGACACGACAUGCCAUGUGAGAUGGAAUCCUGAAAAAAAAAUCUGUGAAGAAAGGGUGUAACCCUAGAUCCUCAGUUACAUAGAGAAAGUGGGCAACACUGAAAGGGCCACUUGAAUUUUGAUUAAUGUAAUAGUUCUUUUUUUGCUCCUUUUUGGAUUUAGUAUUAAACUCCUGUUGUGGACUGCUUGAAGGUUUAGAAGUGUAGUAGCACACGUGUAUGUAUGUACAUGUGCAUGCAUGCACUUGUGCAUGUGUGCACGUGUUCGCACAUGGGAACAUUUGCAUGCAUGAGGACUGUUUCUUCGAGAACAUAGAGGAGCUGAAGUUCAUUUGAUCCCCUUCCCCCAAACACUGUACAGCACAAGGUGACUGCAGGAGUGUGAGUAAAUUGGGAGUGCAGGCUGAUCACAUUGUGAUUUGUGCUACAUUUGUUUCAUGCAUUCUUGCUUUGGUGAUUAGGAGGCUGGCAUCAAGAGUCCACUCUGCAAACUCAGCACCAUUUUGGUUGGCCAAAUACUUUUGUUGUGGGUUUGAAAGUAUUUAUGAAAUGCACACAUAAACCAUGCAUGUCUGUAUCAGUAUCAAGUGUAGUUUGGAAUAGCCGUUGGUAGGAAUUGAAGCCAUGCUUUGUACAUAGAUAGGUGUAACCAUAACUUAUAUGUGAUAGUAGAUUGUCGCCAUAGUUCAAGUGCUUUUUUUAAAAAAUUCAGUGUAUAUGUUGUGUGUUGCGUGUGCAUGCAAGACACGUGGAAUUGUUGCCAUCACUGAGUAUGAGAAAGGAGACAGAAACAGUCUUCACCAUCUCUUUUUCUGUUCAUAACAUCUGCCCUGCAAAAUACACCUAAAGUCUUGUAGGACUUUUCCAUUGAUAUGCAAAGAAUGCAGCCUAUUUUGUUAAGGAAAAUUUGCUACUUUUGAUUGUGCCCGGAAGGUACAUCCUGUAUUACACUGUAUCACUGUAUGUCUUGUACUUCUGUUACUCCUGCUCAUGGACCAUUACUUAAGUCUUAUAUUUUGUCAUCUUAUUUUAGUAUUUUCCUAACAUUUUUUUAAGUUGACUAAGUAACCAUUACUAACAGGUUUGUUAACAAGAAAGCUAAUGUUUUAAUUGUUAGAUGUUUGUAAUGCCUUUUUUUUUAAGGCUAAGUGGCUGAUAUGUUGGAAAUAGAAAAUAAUGUACAGGUUAUAGUUAUGGUAAGAAACCUCCUUUAUUGCUGGUCCUUAAAUAAUGUAGGCUUGCAUAGCACAUCACCACACUUUGAAAGCAGGUCAAUACAGCUUAUGAGAGUAAGCAAAGUGUACAAAAAAUAUUAAGGUAUAUAACAAUAAGAAUUUAGAAGUAGCAGCUAGUCCUGGGGGAAUAAAAGCCAGGAAAAUGAGCUGUGCAUCAAUAAUUAAUAAUAGUGUAAAUUUAACAGACAUUACAGAUAAAAGAAAAAAGUUGAACCAAAAAGGUACCAUUUUGUGGCUAUAAAGACUAGAAGAUUUUGGUAAAAGUCAAAUGACUUUCAGGUUUUUUUGUUUUUUUAAUCUAUAGUUGGUUUUGUGAACUGAGAUUAAACUUUAAUAUUUUGUAUGGUAUCAGAAAAUUCAAAAAGCUGUGGCAAAAUAAAUUUUAAUGAUGCAAACUUUUUUUUUUCUCUUAUGCACCAUACUACUUAACCAGAAUUUGUCUUUUAAAGCAGGAAUUUUAACUGGGGAAGCAAAGUUUCUGAAGUAUUUCUCAUUCAUUACACAUUCACUUCUUUUAGUAUUCACAUCAGCUUUGAGCAUUUAAAAGCGGGUCAUUUUGAUGAGACUCUGGCUGAACGUAACAUGAUUUGAAAGAAGCUUUUUAAAAUGCUUGGUAGUAAACUUUUUGCAUAAAAAUAAAACAACCUGAUUAAAUGCCUUGCUCAAGUCGGAAUACGUGCAGACGUUCCACCAGCCACAUAUUGAAUAUUAUUUAGUUAGCUGUAACUGGGGGACCAUUGAAUAAUUUUGAGAAAGUAACAAUUACUCAUGGAUAAACCUUUCUGCAAACUUCAAGCAAUAACACUUAAAAUCCAAUGACCAAACAUAUUUAGAGAAUUAGCACUUACGAGUUUUGAAGACAAGGUAUAAAAUAUUUGCCAAAAUCCAGAUUUUUUUUUUUUCCUGUUUAAGUUCCAAAGUACGUUUGAUGUUACCUUUCUAGAAUGUUGGGCUUUUCAUUUGCCUAGCAGCUUUUGAUUCCCUAUCACUAGUGAUUGCAAUCUCAGCACAAAAAUAGUAGAGCCGGCAAUAUUUUGUUGACAGUUUUUGUUAUAUAGAUCUAUAUUUCUAUUCUUUGAAGAGUCAGCAUUGGGUUUAGACUGGUGUCAAGAAAAAUGCAUAGUUUUGGGUAGAUGGUGACAGGUGUAAGAAACUUGAGCUUUAGGUGUGAGGCACAGAGAUCACAUUGAAAAUUAAUUAACUGUUGGCCUGGUAUUGUAGAACUUUUGUAGUCUACGUGUUCUUACAUUACAGUAAUUUGUGCCAAAUAGGAGUAAUGGUCAAUAUCAUGUCCAGUUGGUUUUUUUUUUUCUGGGCAUACUGACAUAGUCAAUGUCUGAACCAAAAGUUUAGAUGCAGGAGAUAUUGUAAGCACAAGCAAGUUGAAAUUAAUUUGUACAUAAGGCAUCCAUGGACAGCUGCAGAGGUUUACAGCAAUAGACUUGCAACAGUUUUUGCAGCUUUGGUGUGCAAGAGUAGUGAAUCAAGUGAGUGCUAUUGUACAUUGACAGAUUUUUUUAAUGAAAAGUGAAAGAAAAUACAAAAUGGAGCACUCAUUGUAGAGUGUACUGAAUGUUUGUAGUAGAUUAUUAAUUUUCCCCACAUCACUCUUCUCUUUUCCCCCUGCUGCACCAUUUCAUUAUGAAAGAUACAUUUUCUUACUUCAGUUGCAGAAACAUUCCAUAACUACUAAGGAAAUUAUGUUAAGCAGAUGUUGUUAAUUGUUAAUGCCAUCACUGAUUUUAGUCUAAAUAACAUACCUGGAGUGUGAAUUCAUAUAACUCUGGGAUUCCUUGUGUGAAUCUGUUUAUGAUCGUCUGUUUGCAUCCUUUGUUGUGAUCCUUCAUGUUAUUUUGUGUAAUAUUUUUAGGAAUCACUCCAUUUAUUUAAAGCUAAUGUUGUCUGGAAAAUAUUGUGACAACAUUUAAUUAACCAACAUCUCAUGAAACAUUGUAGACAUUUUGUUAAUGUAAGAAGAUUGCAACAUGAAGUAACAGAUUUCUUUUUCUCUUGCUUCACUGUCUUGAUUGUGGUUACUCAUUACACAAAUUGCAAGUCAUAGGACAAUUAUAUUUUACCUUUCUUUCCAGUCGAUUGCUAAAUGAAAGAGAUGUACAGUGUUGAGAUUUUCUGUCUUACAUUCUUUAUAUAUCACCUGGUAAUCCUUGCAAGAUUUAUCUUCUUGAGCUGUAUUUUGAGUUGGCAUAAACUGUGGAGUACAUUUCAGUUUUGCUAUAUUUGUUAAGCAGAAAAAAGUUUCCUUAAUAAGAUGUUUAUGUGACAUCAUGAUUCCCCAAGUUAGUAGGAAGUACAUUAUUAUAGUUUUGUGUGCAAAUCUAUCGCAAGAACCUUUAGGCCUUGAAAUACGCCCCUUGAAAUGUGUGCUGACAACCUGAAUAAUAUUGCCUAAAUAUUACCAGACUUGGGCCAGGUGCACAGGCCAUGAUUUGGGGCUAGAUGAAAUGUGCGGGAUAUAGGUAAAAUGCUCACAGUGUGUUAGUAGUGUUUUUCUUAUUAACCAUCCAGUUAAUGACUGGCAUCAGUCUUUGCACCUUCUCCAGGAUGUUGUAGUUUAUUUUUGCUGAUGAGGCUAAAAAUAUUUCAAAAAUUACUUAAGCAAUAAAUAGCAUAAACAAUAUUGCUUAACAUCUUAACAUGGCAUACAGCACUCAUGUCCAAUUGUAACAUAAAUCUGAGUUCCUUCUUGAAAUACUGAAUGAUGUUUCCAUGAGUUUUCUCUGCUUUUUGUUUUCAUCCCUGUUACAGAACUGCACUAUAUUCUUUCUGUGCUUGUGUGUAAUAGGUGUUUCACUUUAAGGGACAGAAUCAUAUACAGCUGAUGUGAAUAAUUGUGUUGUGCAUAAGACAUUCAGAGAUGGUUUCUGGUCAUCAUCUGGGACAAGAGUAUCGCUGCAGGUUGUAUGUUGUACCCAAUGAGAGGCCUGCUUGGAUUCUUGUUAAAGCUGGGAACUGUUUUUAAGUCUGGGCCAAGAGACCGUCACACAGUGUGAAAAUGUGUGCAGUAUUUGGUGUGGUACUUCAAGUAGCCGGAGUGUAUCUUAUUAUUGACAAAAUGGCUGUUGGGUUUUUAUUCCCCCUCCCCCUCCAUCCUGUUGCAAAUCUUCUCUCGUUCAUAUCAUCCCAUAGCUGGUGUAUAAUCAUUAACAACUAAACAUUAUUAAGUUGUUAGACUGUCAAUUAUUCAUCAGGUAUUAUCUGUGUUCACAUCUCCAGGCUACUGGUUGGGCCUGCUUUAUUAAGGAAUGUAGCAGUGAUUUACAUGAUCAACUCAGUGUAGUGAGACAGACCAUCAUAACAUUCAAACUGUGAAGAAACAUUUGAUGUCACUCAUUUUCCAUACCCAUCAUGGUAAUAAAGACUGUUAUGUAACUCGUAAGAACUAGGCAAGACAAAAUUAUCUACUUUCCAUGAAGUGUAAGUGUGCAAGUAGAAGUAAGGAAUAACUUGUGAAUGCAGAACAACUUUAUGUUAUGUUAUUACAGGAUUAGUAUUAACAAAAGUUGCUUUUUUCGUCAUGUUAUAAUGGAUGACAUUUACCAGACAACUGUUGUCUCUUUUAAGUGGUUUAUACAACAAGUCUUAAGCUGAUAUAGUUUUUUUCUGUGGUAGAUAGGUCACUUACCUCUCAGAAAAUAGGGGAAGAAAAUAAUUGGUAAUAGUGCGAUAUUGUAGUGUAUGUAUGAGAACUGUAGUCACUUGCCCCAUGAAAAGAGGGGGUAGAGGAGGAAAUUUCAUGAUCAGCAAUAGAUAAUGAGAUGCGUUAGGGUGUGUAUGUGAACUGUAGUAAUGUAAUAAAGACACACCUAAAUCUGAAA